GUUCGUUGGAGCAGUGUUUACCUACAUGAGGGCCACGCGAUAGGAUAGGGGCUGUAGCCUUUACAUGUGCGCACCCCUGCGCAACCUCUUAGGCCACAAGCAUGUUGCUGUCGAUGCUGAUUUCAUAUAAACCUUAGGCUUCAUUAAAAAUGCAGCCUACAUCAGGAGCGGGGCAUUAUGGCCCGGUCCCUGGGCAAACCAAGCAACCUGUGCUUAGCGAGGCGCAGCGGGGUGCCGAGGCGCUUUUCACUACUAAGACCAUCACGGAAAUUCGGGAGAUUGAGGUCCGAACCCGUAAGGACAUCGAGCAGAAGAAGCUGCAACUACGAAACCUCGUGGGGGAUUCCUACAGGGACCUAAUUGACAGCGCGGACAAGAUUCUUGCCAUCUCCAACAACACGACAACCAUCCUCACCAACAUCCGCAGCAUCCAGGAGUCCUUCACCAGCUUGGCCCACAACUUCACCUCCUCAGAUGCGCUGCUGAACGAAAAGAGGGACUCGCUGACAAAGCACGAGGAGCUUUACGCCGUCGGCUCCCGCGUCAAGUACCUGAUCGACACCCCCGAGCUCAUCUGGGGCUGCCUGGAUGCGGCUCACUACCUGGAUGCCGCCCGCCGCUUCCUGCGCGCGCAGCACGUGCACGAGCUGCUGCCCACCGCCUUUGCACCCGCCGUGCUGGACAAGUUCCCGCUGCUGAAGCACCACUGGCCCACUGUAACCAAGUUCAAGAAGCAGGUGGUGGAUGCGGUGGGCGGCGCGCUGUCCCGCGAGCGGCAGCUGCCCACGGAGCUGGCGGCCGACAUGCUGGCGGCGCUGGCAUCGCUGCGGGAGAUGGACGCGGCGUCGAGCAUGCAGGUGUUUCUGUCGUCUCGCCGCACGCUGAUAGCUCAGAUCGUAGCCACCGCCGCUGCCGCGCCGGAGCCCCUCAGCGCUGCCGCUGCAGCGGAGGUGCUGUCGGCUGUGGCGCAGACAGCGCAGCACACAGUGGCGCAGGUGGGUGAGCUCUUCCUGCCCAGCAACCGUGGCGGCUCCGCUGCCGCCGCCGCUGCCGCUGCGGGCGGUAGCGGCGGUGCCGACGCCUCUUGCCUGCUGCAGCAGCGCUGUCGGGAGGACGAGGCGGACUACUCGGAGCUGCUCUUUGGCGGCAGGACGACGAGUGGCGCCGGGGGAGCUGCUGCAGCGGCAGCAGCAGCAGCGGCGGCCCCACAGGCGCCUGAGGCGGACGCCUGGCGGCGCACCAACCGCGCCGUCGUGGACCGUCUGGCGGCGCUGUCCUCCGGCCAGGUGGAGCAGGCAUGCGUGCAGUGGCUUCGCGCUGUUGCGGAGGACUUCUCAGGACAGAGCCCCAAGCUGCUGGUGGGUCUGACCACCGCGGCAGCGCUGGUGGAGGUGGAGGCGCAGGUACGCGGCGCCAUCGCAUGCUGGCAGCACCCCGGGCUGGCGGCGGCCACCGCGCCUGCUGCCGCCGCGAAGCGGCCUCGCAUUGCGUAUCACGCAUCCGCGUCAGCGUUGCUGUCAAUGCCUUCGUCAUCAUCCGCCGCUGCUGGUGGUGGUGCGGGUAGUGCGGGUAGUGCGGGUGCUGAGGCGCCGCAGUUGGACAGCUGGGAGUCGGUGUGCGAGUGGGUGGUGGGCCGACAGCUCAACCUGUGGCAGGAGGUCUUCCACCAGCCCUUUGUCGUACGCUCCAAGGAGCUCAUCGAGGAGAGCUACGCGGCUGUUGGACGUGCGCUGGAGGGGCCCUUGGAUGCCUGCCUGCGCGCCGCAGCAGCAGCGGAUCCGGAGCCUGCGGGCUGCAUCAUCACGCGGGUUUGGCCGUUGGAGGGCUGGGAUGUGGAGGGCGGCGCAGCGGCAGGGGCUGGCGGCGCCGACGGCCGCGGCGCGGGUAGUCGUACGACGUCCAUCAGCCGGAGCAUGGAUCUUCGGGCCGCGAUGUCGGCUGCCGCAGCGGAUCUGGUUGCGAAGGGGGCUGAUGGGUCGGAUGCGGAGGGUGAUGGCGCGGCGGCAGCUGAUCGAUCGUACCGCCAGCACGUGUCUGCGAUUCAGCGCCGGUUUGAUGAGGACCUGCGCUCUAUACUGCAGGCUGCGCUGCUGCUUGUGGGCUCAGCCGACGCCGCCUGCUGGCCGGCCGGUGUGCACUCCACCCCGGUGUCCGCCUCGCCCUCGCAUGCAUCCCUCGCGCUGUCCCGUGCUGCUUCGGAGGCGCAGACGGGCGGAGCAGGGGCAGCGCCCCUCCCCUGGGCCUCACCGCACGGGGCUUCCCACCUGCAUGCACGGUCGUCGCUGCACACCCUGGCGUCCAUCAAGCGAGACAUGCAGGGGAGUCGCGCUGCCGAGCUGGAGCCGUUUGUGCAGUCCAAGUGCAUGGAGCUGGUGGCGGGCAUUGCGGCAAUGCUCCAAUCCCGUCUCCAGCGGUUGGGCUCCCCCCGCGCGGGUCCCUCCGGCGCCCCCACUGCCGAGCAGGUGGUGCUGCUAGGCCGCCUGGCCUCCGCACUGGCAGCGGACUCGCGCUACCUGCCCGUCGUACUGGGAGCACCGGAGGGGUGGAAGGCAGCUGUCGCGGGUGGAGGACCGGCACACGCCGGCUCCGCUGCAGGCGGCGGCAGCGCUCGUGCCCUCGGCCGCACCGGCCCCGGCGCUGCGGGCCGUGUGGGCGCCGGUGCCGCGGCCGCCAACGCGCGUCUGUGUGGUGUGUUGGAGCAGCUCCGGUCCGCUGCGGUGUGCGCGUACCGCUGCUGGGCGGGCUGGGCUGCGGGCAGUCUGGCGGGGGAGCUGCGGGCGCUGCUGCUGGCGGACGAGCUGCUCACCACCAACACCGUGCCGCUGUCGUGGCAGGAGACCGUCAUCCGCUCGGAGGCCGACAACGCGCUUGCGGAGCCGGUAGAGGACAUGCGCUUCUCGCUGCCCGCUUCGCCCUCGCCCGCAGUGCUGCUGCUGCUGUCGGCGGCGUGCGCGGAGGUGCGGAGAGCGGGAGACUACAAGAUUGCUCCUGAAGCGCUCCAGGCGUUCGAGUGGGAGCUGUCCCGCUCCGUGACCGCCGUCUACUCCCAGCUGCUGCAGCCGGGCACCGGGCAGCUGCAUGUGCGCGGACUGAGCGAGAAGGGCAUCCUGCAGCUGCUCUUCGACGUGCGCUUCGUACGGGACGUGCUGCUGGGAGGCAGGCCGGUGGGAGCGGCAGGGGCGGGGGCCACAGCAGGUGGUGCUGCAGCUCGUGCCGGUACCGUGAGCAGCGGCAGUAGCAACAGCCUGUUGGGCCGCGGGCUGGGUGUUGGAGGAGGCGGUGUGGGAGCGGAGCUGGCGGAUCCCGCGGUGGUUUCGGCGCUGGCUGAGAGGAAGCGUGAGGGAGCCGCGCUGGAGCAGAUGCUGCAGGACUGCCUCGACCCCAUCGACUGGGCCACCUACGAGAGCUACUUGUGGGCCAACGAGGCGCGCUACUUCCAGCGGGUGGCCAUCCUGCUGGGGGGGCUGGUGCAGCUGCAGCGGGCGCACCCGGAGGGGGCAACCAAGCUGGCGGCGUCGGGGCUGCAGGACUCCAACCCGCUCAACGUGCUGCCGGUGGCUCCGCGCUUCCACUACCUGCCCAUCUCCGCACCCGCACCCAGCGCAGCAGCGCACCAGGCUGCAACAGCGGCCGCCGCUGCGGUGAUGGGGGCUGGGGUGGUCGCAGGUGCUGCUGGCGGUGCGGGGGUGGGGGCAGGCGGCGGCGGUGGGGGUGGGGGUGUGGCGGGCUCCCUGGCGGCGGCAUACCGCUUGCGGCCCAGCAUGGGCGCACUUUGUAACAGGGCGGCACCAGUCUCGGUCCAGAGCGGCGCCGAUGCGGCCGACAGCUACUCCUUCGCCGACCUGGGAGCCGCACGGCUGGGCUCCUCACGAGCCGGCGUCCCAGCCUCCAAGACCGCCGCCGGCGGCUCCAAAGCCGGCCCCGUGGAUGGCUCCUCCUCCUCCGCGGCCUCUGCGGCGGCGGCCGGCGGUGCGGCGGCUCAGCUGGGCGGCUCCGCGGCUGCGGUGGGCGCUGCUGCGCUGAGUGCGCUGCAGGCGCGGCUGCAGGGCGGGUCGCUGGGCACCUUUGGGUCGCUGCUGGGGGACAAGGCGGCGGAGGUGACGGCCAUGGCGCAGCAGCGGUUCGGGGAGUUCGGGGACUACCUGCCGACGUCGGCGCUGGGGUCAGCGGGCGGUCUGCUGUCGAGUCUUGCUAAAAACGUGGUCAAGAAGUAACAUCUACGCUGCGGUUGUGUGGGCAUGGAAUAUCUUUGUUGCAAUCGAUCCAAGGAUUUGGAAUCGUACUUGAUUCCAGUAGCGCGCAUGGUUGGUGAAUGGGUUUGUUUCUGCCCGCCUACUCCUUGUGGAGCGUUGGGUGCGGUGGUGUGCAAGGUCAGGUGGUGGCGUAUACCGUAUAGGGUUAGGACCUUGCGGUUUACGGUAUUACGGUCUGGGAUAAUUACACCACAGUAACUACGUCAGACCCCAAGGAUGGCUACGUUUCUGCGCUGUGACGGCGUAGGUGUAAGUACGGUGGUCUUAGACCUUUGUUCAUUACGCUUAAAAGCGUACGGAGGUACCUCAUGCCCACAAAAAAGGC